ACAGUUGGAACCGAGGGAAGGGGGCGGGCCCUGACGCGGAGACAGCCAAUCAGCGAGUGGACGCCGGAGCAGGAAAGGGAGAUGAUUGACCAAUCGUAGCGCGGGAAUGGUUUAAAGGGCGUUGAAGGAGGCGGGCGGAAGUUUGAAUUCAAACGCUCGUCGGAAGUGCAGAGUGGUGUGGAGUGGAGCAAUAAUGGAAAAAAUAGGUAAAGAGAACUUGAAUGGACAUCCAUGUCAUCAUAGCAAGGCAGCUGCUAUGGGUGGUCCAAAGCGUGUUCCAGUGGCCCAGAACAGGAUACAUGGAAAUAAGGUUCAAGCACAUUGUGUUCUAACACCUACAAAUGUUCCUCAGCGAGUUCCUAUCCAGCCACAAAAACCUGCUAUCCCAAGUUCAAAACACUCCAGCCAGUUAAAUCAGCCAACAUCUCAUGUUCAACCAACCUCAAAAAGUCUAAACACCAACAAAGCCACAGAAAUUUCUCAACCACCUUCAGUGUCUGGAAAAAAACCUGAAACAGAAGUUUUGUCGGGUCCAAAGACUGAAAACAAGAAUGAGAAUAAAGGAGAAGCAAGAAAGAGACAGUGGUCGAUGGAUGACUUUGAAAUUGGACGUCCCUUGGGAAAAGGGAAAUUUGGGAAUGUGUACCUUGCUCGUGAAAAGGAGAGCAAGUUCAUCCUGGCACUAAAAGUCUUGUUUAAAUCACAGUUGGAAAAAGCAGGAGUUGAGCAUCAGAUUCGCCGAGAGGUGGAAAUACAGUCCCAUCUUCGGCAUCCCAAUAUCAUUAGGUUAUAUGGCUAUUUCCACGAUGCAACAAGAGUUUACCUGAUUCUUGAGCAUGCACCUCGAGGAGAAGUAUACAAAGAACUCCAAAAGCUUUCCAAAUUUGAUGAGCAGCGAACAGCUACUUAUAUGACUGAACUGGCUGAUGCUCUAUUAUAUUGUCACUCAAAAAGCGUAAUUCAUAGGGACAUAAAGCCUGAGAACCUACUUCUGGGAUCAAAUGGAGAGCUAAAAAUUGCUGACUUUGGAUGGUCUGUGCAUGCUCCAGAUUCUAGGAGGUCAACUUUGUGUGGUACACUUGACUACUUGCCACCGGAAAUGAUUGAGGGGAAAAGACAUGAUGAAAAGGUAGACUUGUGGAGCCUUGGGGUCCUGUGCUAUGAGUUUCUGGUAGGAAAGCCUCCUUUUGAGGCUAAGACGUACCAGGAAACAUACCGAGCUAUUUCAAAGGUCGACUACAAGUUUCCUCCUUUUGUGACAGAAGGCGCCAGGGACCUGAUUUCGAAGCUUCUGAAACAUAAUCCAAACCACAGAUUGCCACUAGAAGAGGUGUUAAAACAUCCAUGGGUUACUACAAACUCAAAAUCCCCCAGGCAUAGGAUAGCUGAAGACACUGGAGCUACUACUAGUAUUACUAGCAGCAGCACGAAAAUGCAGUCGUAGCAUGGUGAGCAUCACUGCAAUGAAAUAUUUGUGACAUGCAACCAUUGUAAUGCAGUCAAUAUACGAAGCAUAGAACUGGGAACAGAAAAGAUGGUGCAAAUACCUUGUAUUAUAAACUGUUUUGUGAAAACUGUGGAAUGUAGGCUGUGGUUUUAAUGCAUUUCCAUGGAGCUUCAGGUCUUAACAGUUUAUGGAAAAUUUGUAUGUACUUGAAGUCCUCUUGCACAUGACCCAAACACUUUGAGGCACAGAUAGUUGAGGUGUGUCUCAAUUCUGCAUUGCUGCUGUUCCUGCUUUCAUCCUCUACUGCUUGACAGCAUUACAAAUUUAGUCAUAGGUUGCUGGAACAGUGCAAUAGUGUCUUCAGUGCCCUCGCAGGUUGAAGUCAAAUGCAUGUGCAUAUGUGAAACAGAACCUGCCUCUGUAAAUAUAAGUGCUAAAUGUUUAUAACUGUCUGUCUUCAAUAGUAUUCUAAAUAAAAUUUUUGAACAAUA